GGAAGGCUGAGAUAAAGCGCUACGAAAUUCUACGCCCCCUUGCGACUUCAGCUGAACUGAGGAAGUGCACCACCCAAGUGAGAGACCUACGCAACGGAAGCGGCAAUUUACCGUGGAAAAGGGAUAGAGCAUGUUAACUGCCAACUGAAAUCAGACAUCUAGAAUUUCUGGACAAAUAUUAUCCCACUCAAAUUUUUCGUCCCAUCUACUCUCCCUGAUGAGGAAUCAUCAAUCAGAAUCACGAGCAUGUUAAUCCAUUCUCAGAUUUCCCCUAUAUUCCCAGCAGAUACUACAAAAUUCCCACCAACUUAUAGUUACUAGACUUUCUCAUCACUUCAAAACCUAUCCACUGCUCUUCCCCUCCACCCUCAGAACAUUUCCCUGUUCUUUUCCCAACAAGAAUCACUGCAUUUUUUCCCCUUUUCCCUAUACAUAUUGUCUAAUUCCCAGAAAUCAAGAACUCAGUUUCAUGGCAACCUCUGCUUUAAAUCCCCUAUCUUUCAAUACUGCGGCUAAACGAUCUUCAUGGCCCACAAGCAAAAAGUUCAAAUCUUUAUUAUUUAGCCCCGAUGGAAUUCCCGUUAUCAUGAGCUGCAAAAUGGGUAUCUUGAAUUCUGGGUUCUACAGUUCUUUGCUGCCUUCCAGUAGCUGCAAGAUGAUACCUUUAAGCAGUUUCAAUCACAGACUUCGUCAAUACCCGCUGGGACUUGGCACUUCUGGUAGUCACCAGAGUGGUCAAUUUGAUUUAUCAGGCGUUUCGAAGGGUGGAAAGGGAAAGAGACGGAGCUUUGUCUAUGUGAAAUCACUGGUGGAUGUGGAUAAGGUGGCGGAGAGCAGUGGAAGUUUUGUAGGAUUUGAAGGAAGUAGGACCUAUGAUGCCAUUGUUAUUGGCUCAGGGAUUGGUGGACUUGUGGCAGCUACUCAGCUGGCUGUAAAAGGAGCCAAAGUUUUGGUCUUGGAGAAGUAUGUAAUCCCUGGAGGAAGCUCAGGAUUUUAUGAAAGGGAUGGCUACAAAUUUGAUGUGGGAUCAUCAGUAAUGUUUGGUUUCAGCGAUAAGGGAAAUCUGAAUUUGAUAACUCAGGCAUUGGCAGCAGUAGGAUGCAAGAUAGAUGUGAUACCUGACCCAACUACAGUUCACUUUCACCUACCUGAUGAUCUCUCUGUCCAAGUACAUAGAGAAUACAGUGAUUUUGUUGCAGAAAUCGUGCAUAAAUUUCCACAUGAAAAGGAAGGGAUUCUUAACUUUUAUGGUGAAUGCUGGAAGAUCUUUAAUUCCCUGGACUCAUUGGAGUUAAAAUCACUUGAGGAGCCAAUUUAUCUUUUUGGGCAGUUUUUCAAGAAGCCUAUUGAGUGCUUGACUCUUGCCUACUAUUUGCCCCAGAAUGCUGGUGACAUAGCUCGAAAGUUCAUUAAGGAUCCACAGUUGCUAUCCUUUAUAGAUGCAGAGUGUUUUAUAGUAAGCACAGUUAACGCUUUACAGACACCAAUGAUCAAUGCAAGCAUGGUUUUAUGUGACAGGCAUUUUGGAGGUAUUAACUACCCUGUUGGUGGGGUUGGUGAAAUUGCCAAGUCCUUGGCAAAAGGCCUGGUUAAGAAGGGCAGCGAGAUACUUUACAAGGCAAAUGUGACAAACAUUAUAGUUAACAAUGGAAAAGCUGUGGGUGUGAAGUUGUCAGAUGGAAGGAAGUUUUAUGCUAGAACUAUCAUAUCAAAUGCUACUAGAUGGGAUACAUUUGGAAAGCUAUUAGAAAAGAAAAACCUGCCUAAAGAGGAAGAAAAUUUUCAGAAAGCAUAUGUUAAAGCUCCAUCUUUUCUUUCUAUUCACGUGGGAAUUAAAGCUGAGAUUUUGCCACCAGAUACAGAUUGCCACCACUUUGUCCUUGAGGAUGACUGGAAAAAUUUAGAAAACUCAUAUGGAAGUAUAUUUUUGAGUAUUCCCACGGUACUGGAUUCGUCAUUAGCUCCAGAAGGACGCCAUAUUCUUCACAUAUUUACAACUUCUUCCAUAGAGGACUGGGAGGGACUGUCUAGAAAGGACUAUGAGGCAAAGAAGGAGCUUGUAGCAGACAAAAUCAUAACGAGACUUGAAAAGAAACUCUUUCCAGGCCUGAAGUCAGCAAUUGUUUUUAAGGAGGUUGGGACACCAAAGACACACCGACGGUACUUGGCUCGUGAUAGUGGUACUUACGGCCCAAUGCCACGUAAUACUCCUAAGGGCCUAUUGGGAAUGCCAUUCAACACGACAGGUAUCGAUGGUCUAUACUGUGUUGGAGAUAGUUGCUUUCCAGGACAAGGUGUUAUAGCGGUUGCCUUCUCAGGAGUUAUGUGCGCUCAUCGGGUAGGUGCUGACCUAGGGCUUGAGAGGAAAUCCCCCGUACUGGAUGCUGCCCUCCUACGAUUACUUGGUUGGUUGAGGACGUUAGCAUGAGAAUGUUUUUGAGUAAAGAACAAGGGAAAGUCAUUAAUUUGGCUGAAAGUAGUAUCAGUUGAGUUUGAAUGUCAUGACUAAACACCCAAAUUUGAUGGGAAUAUAUCUGGUUAUAGACACCCUCUCUCAUAUAUGCAAUGUUGUCCAGUUGGAAUCAAACUCAUAGGCACUUCAUUGCUGGAGUAGUGCUUAUCUAGCUUUCAGAAAACCAAUGAUUCUUAGUUGAAUUGUGAAUACAAUGGCAUUCAGAUUUAAUUGCAAAUGCCAUUGUGUAUAUGACUAUUUAAAUUUUUAUGCAGCAUCAAUCAUAAUAAUAAUCUUUGGUGUGGA